AUGGGCCAGAGCUGCGGCGUGGAGCGCGCUGGGGGGGCUCAGCCCGGGGACGCCGGAGGCGCCCCGCCGACGGCCACCUCGCGGCUCGCCGCGCCCCUCGAGCCCGGGAGCAGCCCGGCGCUCCCGGCGCUGGGCAGGAGGACCGCGGACGCAGGGUGCCUGCAGGUGGAGGAGGGCUUCGACGCCCAGGUUCCGCCGCAGCAGGAGCAGCUGCCGAGAUUCCGCCUCGACCGAUUCGCCGUGGAGCGCUGGGAGUUGGGCGAGUGCCUGGUCCCCGGGCGCUUCGGCAGCGGCUGGCGCCGCUGGUACACGCAGGGCCCCGAGAUCGGGCGCGGCGUGUCCGCCCAGGUCUACGAGGCGAGGGCCAGUGGCGGGGACCCGCUGGGCUGCGACGCCCUCGGGCUCGCCGCUGGCGCCGUCUGCGACGAGGGCCACGUGCAGUGCGCCCGGACCGCGUGCUCCAUCACGGGCGCGGCCGAGGCCCCCUGGCCAGAGCCUCGUCCCCGGGGACGGCGUGUGGCGGUGAAGCAGUUCAAGAUGUACGGGAAGGACUCGUACAGCUUGGAGCUCGUCGCGCUGGCGAGCGUGGGCGUCCACCCCAACGUCGUGAGGCUGCUGGAGAACUACCGCGACCCGAGGUGUGGCGGUGAGGACGUGCUCGUCUACGAGUUCUGCGACGGUCCGAGCCUGUGGGGCCUGCACCGCGACUUCAAGCGAAAGAGGAAGCCCGUGCCGGCGCUACUCGCCGCCAGGCUCGUCCGACAGAUGUUCAAGGCCCUGGAGCAUCUUGAGCGCUGCGGGGUGGAGCACCAGGACGUCAAGCCGGACAACAUGCUGCUCUUCGACCUCUGCUUGGAGUCGGAGACGGCGCACCUCAAGCUCGGAGACUUUGGCUGGUCCACGGUGGGGCCCUGGCGCGCCUCCCGGGCGCUGCCCCAGGGCGGCAUCGGCACGCUGUGGUACGCCGCCCCCGAGCUCAACCCGCCCCUGGCGCCCCAGGCCCCCGCCGCCGAGGCGCUGGUCGGCGCUGCCAAGCCGGCGCCUCCGGACAACACGAGGUCGACGACAGUCGGCGACAGCCUGCCAGAGGACGCCGAGCUCAGCUGCACGGAGGCAGCGCGCGCCGCGGGUGGCGUCGCCGGCUUGGCGGAGGAGCUCGAGGGCCCCGCCGGUGCUCCCACCCUGAGCUCAGGAGAGCCCGGGCCGGUGGCGGCGCCAGCUGGUGGGGUAGGCCUGGGGCCGGGCGCGGCGGUUGGCGGCGAGGCCGCGGGCGACGUUGCCGGCCUGGCGGGGGCGGUCGCGGGGCUCGUGGGAACGGCUGCUGGCGCGGAGCCCGGCCUGAGCGCCAGCGAGGCCCCUGCCGGGUGCUCGCGGGCCCGGUUCGCGGCCCUGCGGCUCGUCCACGGCCGCGCGGCCCACAACGAGAGCCGUCGCGAGGGGGUUGGCGGCGGCGCCGGGGUGCUUGUUGAGCCGCGUUGUCAUUUCUACGAGUUGACUGACACUUCUCCUAGCAUGCCCGACAUUACUGCCAGCAUCCAUGCUCGACUGACGCAGUACUCGAUCUCGUCCAGACCAACGCGCCAAUUCGACGAAGACUGCGAGAGAUUGCCCGAUCUGGCCGACGGCCCCAAGGACAGCGACGAACAUGGAAACGCGAACGUCCCUGGGGCGCCCAUGGAAUCCGAGAGAGGCGCCGGCGGGUUUUUCUUGAAUGAUGAAGGAGAUAUCAAGUUGAAGGAGGACGCGAUGCCGAUGCGCGACUGGCACCGGCGGCGUGCGAAUUCUUACCGCCGGCGUAUCACAGUGCAAGCAGUGCUGGGCUUGCUGGUUCAUGGAGACAUGACCAAGCACUUCGCGCCGUAG